AUGGUUGAUAUUCAAAUCCCAAGUACAUUCGAUCCAUUCGCGGAGGCCAAAGAAUCGGAUGCACCAGGUACAAAAGAGUAUGUGCAUAUUCGCAUACAACAGCGGAAUGGAAAGAAGAGCCUAACCACAGUGCAAGGGCUGAAGAAGGAGUACAGCUAUGAGAAGAUCUUAAAAGACCUCAAGAAAGAGUUUUGUUGCAACGGAAACGUUGUCAAUUGUAAGGAUCUCGGCAAGAUUAUACAACUCCAAGGCGAUCAGCGCAAGAAUGUUUCGCACUUUCUUGUUCAUGCUGGUCUCGUCCGAAAGGAUAACAUCAAGAUUCAUGGUUUUUGA